UAAACUGUCGAAAACUUCUGAACACAGCAAGCAGGUUCUUGCUGUCAUUUUGUCUAUGUUUUAAGUUGAUUUUUGUUCUAAUAACUGUGGUAUUUAUAACAUUUACUUGGAAUACACAAUGUUACGGUAACUGGAUUUGAGAAAUGAGGCGAAAGAAGGAACCGGGCAAAGAAAGAAGCAUGUCGCGGACACCUGAAUUACAUAGUUAUGGCGGACAUGCCCCUUUCAGAAUGACCUCCUCGUCCAGGAAGAAGUUUACAGAAACAUUGCUGAUUUUAGUCGUACUAUGCGGUUUAUGUAUCGCUAAUACACGUGGUGCUUGUAACUGUGAAACAGACUGUGCCAGUAACUGUCCCGCUGGCACACACUGGAAUAAUGGGUCAUGCAGUGAAUGCCCACAAGGAUACUACUGCCCUGGAGGUAGUACAUCCAUGCAAGCAUGCCCAGCAGGUACAUAUAAUUUCCAGACGUCCCAGAUUGCCAGAGCUAACUGUACGGAUUGUCCAGCAGGUAGUUACAGCUUUGCUGCAGGUUCGGUAAGCUGUGACGAGUGUCCUGCAGGAAAAGCGUGCCCCAUUGGCACGUCUGUCCCCACAGACUGUAGCAGUGGUCAGUAUGCACUUAAUGGGAGUGCGUCUUGUGAGAACUGCCCUGCUGGCUUUAAGUGUCCUGAACCCUAUGAGCCACCUGUGUAUUGUGAAGAGGGAACGUAUCAAAACACUCCAGGUCAAACAACUUGUGUAACAUGUCCUGCGGGUUUUGGAUGUCCUCACAGGAAUGACACUGAGGCCUGUGCAGCGGGAUUUGAAAGUUUUGCGGGUGACGCUCUGUGUCACCAGUGUCAACCUGGAAAUUAUAGUUAUGCAGGUGCUGCAAUAUGUGAGCUGUGCCCAGUAGGUUUUGAAUGCAGUAAUCCAGCCACAGCACCUUCACAGUGUGGGCGGGGCUUUGUGUCAGUUGGUGGACAGACAACUUGUACAGCCUGUCAAUCAAAUGAGUAUACCAGUGGUCCUGGUCAGUCCAGUUGUCUUCCAUGUCCAGCAGGACGAAAAUGCUCAGACCCAACGCAAGCUCCUACAAGUUGUACCUCUGGGACAUAUGCCUAUGAAGGGAAUGGUACAUGCACUGUGUGUCCACGGGGACAGUACUGCACAAACCCUCAGUCCCCGCCACAAGAUUGUCCUGGAGGUACCUACUCUGACAUAGGCUGGACCCAAUGUGAGCCGUGCCCUGCUGCUUACGGCUGUGCAGACGCUGCCUCCACACCAGUGCAGUGUUCCCCAGGACAAUACAGUGCAGAAGGACAGACAGCCUGUACAAACUGUACCGCGGGGACCUUUUGUCCAACAGGUGCAACCGUGGAGAUUGCCUGUGCUGAUGGCUAUUACUCUGAGACUGGGUGGACUGCCUGUCUGGCCUGUCCGCCAGGAUAUUCGUGCACUGCCUCGGCUGCCACGGCAUGCAGUGCAGGCACGUACUCUACAGGGCUCGCCACAGCAUGCACACCAUGCCCACUUGGAUACUACUGUGCUGACCAGGGGAGCACCCCUGUGGCCUGUCCUGCUGGUUUCUACAAUGUGGACCCCACAGCCACCAACUGUACUAUAUGUCCAGCUGGCUUUGAAUGUCCCAGCACAGAGACUGUGGGAUCAGCUUGUAACCAAGGCUACCAGAGCACUGCUGGUCAGACAUCCUGCACCAUCUGUCCAGCAGGGUAUGCAUGUCCAGACACUGCUAACCCCUUUCACAAUUCACCCUGCUGGGCAGGGUCUUAUUCCAUCCUGGGCAGUGAGACAUGCACUGAGUGUCCAGCUGGGAAAUACUGCCCCAGCACCACUGAGGCAGUAGAGCUGGCCUGUGAACUGGGCACCAUCUCUGCAGGCAAUGUGUCUGAGUGUACAGCAUGUGCCGCGGGCUGGAAGUGCCCCAAUGCUGACGGCUCAGGGAUGGUGGAAUGUCAGCCAGGGGAGUUCUCUGAGGCACGUGCAUCCAUUUGCACAGUAUGCCCAAAAGGAUACGCCUGCCCUAACACCUCAAUGGAUUACCAAGUCCAGUGCAGUGCUGGUACAUAUUCUGUUGGUGGUCAGACUGAGUGUACAGCAUGCGCAGCAGGGAAGUAUUGCCCAAGUAUUCUGGCAGCAGUGGAAUUAAACUGUCCAAGUGGGAGUUUUUCUGUGGGAAAUGCGUCCAGUUGUACCAUGUGUCCACCUGGGUAUUACUGUGCAGCAACUGAUUCUGACAGCAGGAUUGCCUGUGACCCAGGACAGUAUGCUCUUGGUGGUAAAACAGCGUGUACAGACUGCGAGGCAGGUUUUAAGUGUCCCUUUACCACCACUGGCCAGGAGAGGUGUCCAAAUGGGUUCUACAGUCCUGCUGUCUCUACUAACUGCACUGGAUGUGAAGCUGGAUACUAUUGCCCAAGAACAGAAUUCAAUGCCAAGAGAGAGUGUGAUCCAGGCACCUACUCUGCAGGCCUGAUGACAGCGUGUCUGGCCUGUGACGCUGGUUACACUUGCCCAGCUGGGUCAACGUCCCCUCGUCCCAAUGGCACCGAGUGUAACGCUGGUGGCUUUUGCGACGGAAGGGACUUCUUUGGAUGUCCAGCAGGAACAUACAAUCCCAACAAUGCAUCCAAGUCCAUUGCUGACUGUUUGCCUUGUCCUCCAGGCUACUACUGUCAGGGCACUGGUAACACUGGGUUUGAAAGUAGUCCCUGUCCUGCUGGCCACUAUUGUCUGCUGGGAACUCAGAACCCAACACAGCAUGCCUGUCCUGGUGGGACAUACAGCCUUGUCACAAACUUAACCAGUGCCUCCCUGUGUCUACCGUGCCCAGAAGGAAAGUACUGCCCUGCUGGGUCAUCCACGGAUGGCCUGGACUGUCCAGCUGGUUUCUGGUGCCAUGCCAGUCAGGGAACGGGAUUCCUCAACCCUUGUUCUAUAGGCACUUACAGCAACGCUACUGGACUUGUCAACAGCACCCAGUGUGUGGACUGUCCAGUGGGUCACUACUGUCCAUGGGGAUCUGCCAACGCCCCGAGGGUCACGCCCCUCCCCUGUGAACCAGGGUAUUAUAACCCCUUGGAGAGGACGGGGCAUGAGCUGAACUGUAAGCUGUGUGACGCAGGGUGGGCGUGCCCUCUGAUUGGACAAUAUAAUGUCACUGUCCCAUGCUCACAAGGUUACUACUGUCCUAAUGGCACCAUUACCCCAGACCAGUACCCAUGUAAACCUGGCACCUACACUGGCCGUACUGACCUGACCAGUGCUGAGGAGUGUGACCCAUGUCCACCUGGUUUCUACUGCUCAUGGGGGACAGGAGUGGACAUCAGUCCCCCACAGAACUGUAUGCCUGGCUACUACUGUCCAGCUAUGACCCCAACCCCUGACCGCUACCCAUGUCCAUCAGGGACAUACUCAGCUAGUGCCAACUUGUCUGCUGCUGACCAGUGUACUCCAUGUGAUCCAGGAUACUACUGUAAUGGAGGAGAACCAUGGACCAGUGGACCCUGCCCAAGAGGUUACUACUGCCCAGAAGGAACUGAGUACCCCACACAGUAUGGCUGUCCCAAUGGCACAUACAAUGAUGUCGAAGGCCUUUACAAUGAAACACAGUGCAAAACAUGCCAUCAGGGCACCUACUGUGAGUUUGCAGUGAGUGAUGUCACGGUGUGCCCCAGGGGGACCUUCAUGCCCUGGGGUACCAACCUUACCAGUGGGGAGGUGGUGCUGGAUUAUUUCAUUGGAGCUGGCAUCCCUGCCCAGCGUCAGUUCUCCUGUGUGGACUGUGUGGGUGGCUAUUACUGUUUGGAGAAUACGACCACACCAAUACCUUGUGGAACAGGAUUUUAUUCCAAACCAGGGCAGUUUGAAUGUACUGUCUGUCAAAUAGGACAUUAUUGUGACAAUGAGACCACCUCAGAGACCAUGAUGUUGACAGAGAAGAGGUGUCCCGCAGGAAGGUACUGUCUGCCGGGACUGCACAGUGAAUCGAAUGCCUUAAACUGCUCCAAAGGAAUGUACUGUCCUGAAGCCACGGUGGAGGAGAUCAACUGUCCAGUCGGCACCAUAAACAGAGUGACCAAUGGUCCUGACAUCAGUGCUUGUGAGCCAUGUCCAGCUGGUUAUUACUGUCUGGAGGGGGUGUUUGUAGAGAGUGGGAUGUGUGACCCAGGCUACUACUGUGACAGUCCUAUUACCAAUGUGUAUGGCAGCUCUCCUGCUUUGAUUGGUCCAUACGGUCCGAGACAGGCUGCCUGUCCUGAGGGAACCUACUCUAAUGUGUCAGCCACUCCCAAUGUGACCAUGUGCUUGACCUGUCCAAGAGGCUACUACUGUCCAGUGGCUUCAAUUGACCCUACAGACUGCCCCAGAGGGUACUACUGUGUGGACGGCUCUUCCAAGCCAGAGCCCUGUCCCAUUGGCAGAUAUGGGAAUAAUACAAACCUAGAACAGAUGACCGACUGCCGUCUCUGUGACCCAGGGAUGUACUGUGAUGCCCCAGGUCUGUUACAGGCCAGAGGCCAGUGUGAUCCUGGGUUUCUAUGUUAUUCUGGGGCCACCACAUCAGCCCCCAAUGACAACACCACUGGGGUGAUUUGUCCCCGAGGAGGUUAUUGUACAUCAGGAUCAUGGGAGGCAUUGCCAUGCCCAAUGGGGACCUACAGUAACGAGUCUGGUGCCACGACAAUCCAGGGGUGCCGCGACUGUGAUGAGGGCUACUACUGUUCCUCUGUGGCUGGAGGUGAACCAACGGGACUCUGCUGGGGAGGUUAUUACUGCACUGGAGGGGCACAUAAUCCCAGGCAGCAUAUUGUAGACCAAGGUUAUUAUGCUACAAACGGUUCAACAGCACAGACGGAGUGUGCCAUUGGAACAUACAAUCCGUACUACGGGCAGUCGGAGUGCUUUGUAUGUGAUGAAGGCUUCUACUGUCCUGACAAAGCUAUGACCAAUCGGACAGCUUGUCCAGCUGGGAAGUACUGUAUGAGUGGGAGCUAUGUCCCCUUGGACUGCCCUCCUGGAACCUUUUCUAACAUCACACAUGCCACCAGUAGGGACAACUGCACUAUAUGUCCAAAGGGCUACUACUGCCGAGACAAUGGUGCCACUGCGCCAGCUGGUCAGUGUAAAGCUGGACACAUCUGUUACGAAAGUGCACUGGACGAUGACCCUGUCUUUAACAACGACACAGCAGGGAACAAGACUAUCAUCCUGUGGGGAGACCGUUGUCCAGCUGGUCACUACUGUCUGCAGGGUACAGCCGAGCCUACCCCCUGUCCCAGGGGAACCUAUAACCCAGAUAAAGGAGGUGCCUCUAUUGCUGCGUGCUUAGAUUGCGAUCCUGGAACAUAUUGCGCCGCUGCAGGACUCACUCAUGUGUCAGGUCUGUGCAGUGCUGGGUAUUUCUGUACGGGCGGAGCACAUCUCCCAGAACCCCUGGAUAACUCCACCACAGGAGGGAUCUGCCCCCAGCACCACAUCUGUGUUAAUGGCACCGACACUCCAAGCCUCUGUCCUGCAGGUUACUAUGCCAACAACACAGGAUUGUGGGAAUGUACGCUGUGUAUCGCUGGCUACCUAUGUCUUCCUGGACAGGCCCCUGUUUUAUGUCCCAGAGGUCAGUACUGUGAGGCCAGUACAGAUAUUAUACCAGUUACUCAGGGUACAGCUUGCCCCAGGGGGACCUACGGGAACAGGGUGGGGCUGGCUGCAGAGAGUGAGUGCACAGACUGUGAUGGAGGAGCAUACUGCCUCACCACAGGUCUUCAGAACGUGACAGGUUUAGUCAGUGCUGGCUACUGGGCCUUGACCAGGGCUAAAGUGUUUGCCCCCGAAUUUGACCCAGAAACCACUGCAGACUAUGGGUGGUGUCCAAAAGGCCACUACUGCCCAGCAGGCACCUCAGAGCCAAUACCAUGUCCAGCAGGCUCUUAUGGAUUUAGCAUCAAACUUGGAAGUGAGUCAGCAUGUACAUCUUGUGACCCAGGGACAUUUUGUCCAUCAUUAAACAUGACUGCCACAGGCUCACCUUGUGCUGCUGGCUAUUACUGCAUCAGAGGCUCCCCCACUGCCACUCCAGUCAAUGAAACCUAUGGAGACAUCUGUCCUACAGGUUACUACUGCCCAGUUGGCUCCUCGUCCCCACAGCCAUGCGCCGCAGGAACAUACGCCAAUGUUACGGGAACGGUAACAUGUCCGGCAUGUCCAGCUGGCUCUUACUGUCCAAUCAACACCUCCUGGCCCAUUGAAUGUCCUGCAGGGUUUGCAUGCCCUGAGAGCUCUGUUGAUGCCUUUACCAACCCAUGCCCCAGGGGAAAAUACAGUAACAUUACUGGGAGAAGUGCUGUAUCAGAAUGUUUGAGUUGCCCCCCUGGAUACUACUGUGGAACCACAGGACUAUCAACACCAACAGACCUGUGUGAUGCUGGCUGGUUUUGUACUGGAGGUGCAGAGUUUGCCCAGCCGUCUGCCUCUGACCAGGGAGGUCAGUGCCAGCCAGGGUAUUACUGCCCCAAUGGAACCUCCGCCAUGAUACCUUGUGACCCAGGAGAGUACUGUGCUGACACUGGGCUUGCGGCACCCAAUGGGCUGUGUGAUGCUGGCUUCUUCUGUCUCAGUGGUGCCAGCUCAAAUGCUCCAACAGAUGGCACCACAGGUAACGUCUGCCCAGCUGGUAGCUACUGUCCCUCAGGCAGCAUCAAUGGCACCCUGUGUCCCCCGGGGACUUUUAUGAACAACACAGGCAGCCAGCAGGUUGCAGACUGUCUUAACUGUACUGCGGGGUACUACUGUGGUGGCUAUGGCAAUGUCUACCCCACUGGUCAGUGCACUGAAGGAUACUACUGUCCAGAGGGCAUAAGUGACCCUACUCCUGUCCUGUACCCAUGUCCUCAAGGUCACUACUGUGCCAGAGGAAGCCAUGAGCCUGUCCGCUGUGUGGCUGGCUACUACCAGGAUGAGACGGCACAGGGAGCAUGUAAACUGUGCCUAGAAGGAUUCUACUGUGACAAUACCAGAGAGCCGGUGGUGCUGUACAACACCUCCUACUGUCCUGAGGGUUACUACUGCCCCAAUGGUACUCGGUUCAGCACAGAGUUUCCCUGUCCUAAUGGGACCUACAGCAGCAUACAGGGGCUGAGGUCUGUGGGAGAGUGCACCCAGUGUGCAGGAGGGUACUACUGUGAUGAACCAGCACUGAGCAACUAUACUAAGUUGUGUAAUGCAGGUAAGUAUUUCUGCCGUCUCGGAGCCAAGUCAGGAACACCUCUUGGGGAACCAAAUGCAGAUGAGUGUCCUGCUGGGUUCUUCUGUCCAGAGGGCAGCACUGAGCCACAGAAAUGCCCCCUGGGAACUUUCUCCAGUAAUGUCCGUCUUACAGCUGCAACUGAUUGUUCAAACUGUACUCAAGGCUACUACUGCAAUGGACUCAACCUGACCACACCCACUGGUCAGUGCUGGGGUGGCUACUACUGUCCAUCCAAUUCUCAAGCCAGCACUCCAGAUUAUGCACUAUGUCCAGAGGGAAGUUACUGUAUUAAUGGAAGUUUUGUCCCAGAACCAUGUCCACAAGGUACAUACUCCAACCUGACUGGCCUGGCCGCAGCCUCAGAAUGUCUCCAGUGCCCAGGGGGAUAUUACUGUGAGACCCCAGGGUUAACAGCCCCCACUGGACUGUGUGGAGAGGGCUACUACUGCCCAGUGGGGACCAUAUACCAGGAACCCAACACCACCUACUGUCCUGUUGGUCACUACUGUCCAACUGGUGUGGCUGCACCACUGCCCUGUAGAAAUGGAACACAUGUGAACUACACUCACGCUGUGAACUGCCUGCCCUGUGAUGCUGGCUACUUCUGUGCGGCCGCCGGUCAGUCUGAGAUAUGUCCUGUGGGUUACUACUGUCCAGAGGGCACGGGACUGGACAUCAAGUCUUGUCCAAGAGGAACAUACAGUGACCAGACUGGACUUUAUGACUUAAACCAGUGUAAGCCAUGUCCAGCUGGUCAGCAUUGUGAUUCGGAGCAUCUGGGAAGUCCAUCAGGUAACUGUGCUGCUGGCCACUGGUGUAUUAUCGGAGUUGAUCGACCGUAUCCUGAUGGUACCAAUCAAACUGACGCCAUUAAUGAGACCUGCUACGACUGGAGACAACUGGGCUAUGGUGGACGUUGUCCAGUUGGUCACUACUGUCCACAGAGCAGUCAAUAUCCUGUGGUUUGUGCCAAUGGAACUUAUGCGGACGAAGAAGGGUUAGAGGCUUGCAAGACCUGCCCACAAGGCUAUUACUGUCCAUCUGGCACCACUAACUAUACAGACAACCCAUGUACAUCUGGCUACUACUGUCCAAAUGGCACUGAAUGGUGGAACCAGUACCCAUGUGCUGCAGGAACAUAUAAUAAUGAGACUCUAAGGACAAGAGUGGAGGACUGCCUGCCAUGCCCUGGUGGGUACUACUGUGAAAGAGAAAGUCUCAGUUACCCCAGUGGUAUGUGUAUGGCAGGGUACUACUGCUCUGGAAGUGCAACUACACCAACGCCAUCUGGAGUGGGUGGUAAUAACUGCGUGGCUGGAUAUUAUUGCCCCGAGGGUUCCACCUUCCCUACCCCGUGUCCCGGUGGUUAUUAUUGUGAGGUAGACAUGCUGAAUGCCACAUCUGGCCAGUGUGAUGCAGGGUACUACUGUACUGCCAUGGCGGUGGUGUCCAAUCCUACUGAUGGGAAUGUGACAGGAGACAUCUGUCCCCAGGGUGCAUACUGCCCUCUAGGGAGUGAUUCCCCAACACUUUGUCAAAAUGGGUACUUCCUCAACAGCACCGGGAACGAUGCAUCCAGUGACUGCAUUAGCUGUACCCCAGGCUGGUACUGUCCUGGGAGUGGAAAUGCACUGCCCACUGGUCAGUGUGCUGCUGGCUACUACUGUCCAGGUGGUCAAGACUCUUCACAGCCCACAGGGUACAACUGUACACUAGGUCACUACUGUCCAUUGGGUAGCUCGGCCCCUCUGCGCUGUCCAUCUGGUCAGUACCAGGAUGAGUAUGGCCAGGUCAACUGUAAGCCAUGUCCAGCAGCAUAUUACUGUGAUAACACCAUGGAUCCUGUGGUGUUGUACAAUAACACAUAUUGUCCAGCAGGUUUCUACUGUCCUGGAAACACCACCCAGGCCUAUGAGAACCCCUGCCCGCGUGGAACCUUCAGUAAUCUCACUCACCGCACAGAUGUCAGUGACUGUCAGCAGUGUAGUGGUGGAAGUUAUUGCGAGACAGAGGGACUGGUGGAACCCACGGGGCUGUGUGCUGCAGGUUACUACUGUCGCUCUGGCUCCAACAGCUCUACACCAACAUACAGCAACGAUGCAGACGAGUGUCCAAUUGGUCACUACUGUCCACAGGGCAGUGCUGCCCCUCUGUCCUGUCCACCGGGGACAUACACCAACGCCACCAGGCGGCAGUCAGUGGAAGAAUGCAGCAACUGCACUGGAGGUGUCUUCUGUCCAUCCUGGAACAUGACUGAGCCAGGCUCGGAGUGUCAGGCUGGCUAUUACUGUCCCAGUGGAGCCAGUGUGGCCACACACAUCCAGUGUGAUGCAGGCAGUUACUGUCCCCAGGGGUCAGUAAUGCCCACACCUUGUCCUAGAGGGACAUUCUCCAACACCACUGGACUAAGCCUAGAGAGUGAAUGUACCAACUGUACUGGAGGAUAUUACUGCCCAGAUACUGGCUUGACUGCAGCAGAGUUACAGUGCUGGGGUGGCUACUACUGCCCUGAAGCAGUGGCUGUCCCUAAUCCUGUGGAAUACAUAUGUCCAAGAGGAAUGCAUUGCCCCAAUGGAAGUGCUAUAUAUCAGGAAUGUUCUGAGGGAACCUAUGCCAAUGACACUGGAGCCAGCAGCUGUGACACCUGCCCUCAAGGCUACUACUGUCUCCCAGUGCGGCCACAUAAUGCCUCUCUCAAUGCCCAGCAAUGUCCAGCUGGCUACUAUUGUCCAGCAGGUACUGGACUAGACUGGCAGUCAUGUCCAGCAGGGACAUACAGUGACCAGCAGGGCCUGUAUGAUGUCAGUCAGUGCAUCUCAUGUCCAGGUGGUCAGUAUUGCCAGGGAGAACAUAACACAGCCCCAACAGGGAACUGCUCAGAGGGCUACUAUUGCACAUCAGGAGUAGAUCGCCCAACACCUGGAGCAGACAACAGCACCAUCAACUGCACAUGCCCAGACCAGGCCACCUUCACAGGUGUAGGGGGCGUAUGUCCCCUUGGACACUACUGCCCUCUAGGGACUACAGUGGCUCAACCAUGUAAUGCUGGUACAUACGCUGCCAUGGUCGGCAUGUCACUGUGUACUGUAUGCCCUCAAGGAUUCUACUGCAUGGCCAAUGCAUCGGAGUUCCUCAGCACUCCUUGUCCAGAAGGCCACUACUGUCUGAAUGGCACAGAACACUCCACCGAACACAAGUGUCCACCAGGGACCUACAACAACCUCACACAAGGGACAUCUCUAGCAGACUGUCAACCCUGCCCAGGGGGAUGGUACUGUGAGGGUCAGGGUAACCCCCAGCCCACAGGACAGUGCCAGGCUGGCUGGUACUGCACCAGUGCUGCUACCAACUCCAAUGAUACCAUCAAUGGUGGACAGUGUCAGCCAGGAUAUUAUUGUCCUCUGGGUUCCCAGGCUCCCUUGGAUUGUCCAGGCGGUCAGUACUGCCAGACCCCAGGGCUGGACACCCCCACUGGACUUUGCUCCCAGGGCUAUUACUGCAUGGGCACAUCCUCCUCCCCAACCCCCACUGGAAACAUCACAGGGGACAUCUGCCCUGCUGGGUUCUACUGUGAGGUGGGGUCUCAGUGGCCGACACCCUGUGCCCCAGGGACCUACAGCCCCAGUGUGGGCAAUAUCAAUGUGACAGACUGUGUGGCUUGCAGCUAUGGGGAGUACUGUGCUAACUAUAGUAUGGUAGAGACUUCAGGUAACUGUACAGCAGGCUAUUACUGCCCACAAGGAGAGCGAACACCUGACCCUUACCUGUGUACUGUCGGUCACUACUGUCCAGAGGCCAGCUCAAGCCCUGUACUGUGUCCAAGUGGAACAUACCAGGACCAGACUGGUCAGUUUGGAUGCAAGACCUGUCCUAGUGGAUACUACUGUGAUAACAGCUAUGGAGUUGUGGUCAUCAAUGAAACCAUCACCUGUCCAGCUGGCUACUACUGUCUGGAUGGUACACCAAGAGCAGACACAUACCCCUGUCCUUUGGGAACUUUUGGCAAUGACACAGGUUAUAACAGCAGUGGCAACUGUAGUCCUUGUUCAGGAGGAAUGCACUGUAGCAUUGUGGGAAGGACUGCACCAGUUGGCCUCUGCACCACGGGUUACUACUGCAGGCAGUAUGCAGAGUCUGCCACACCCAAUCAGACCACAGAUGCUAAUGUCUGUCCUCAAGGCUCGUAUUGUCCAGAGGGCACUGCUGAGCCAGUUCCAUGUCCACCAGGAACAUUUGGUGGCACGGAUGGGUUACGUAACAGUUCUGAGUGCACCCUGUGUCACCCUGGCAUGUACUGUGAACAACAGGGACUGCUUAAUAAUGAAGGUGACUGUAAAGCGGGCUAUUACUGUGAAGAAGGGUCAGUAUCUUCCAGAAGUGCCUUGUGUACCUUGGGUCACUACUGUCCAACACAGACAGCUGUACCUUUCAGGUGCCCUCAGGGCACUUUCAACACAUACUAUGGUCUAAACAGCAGUGAGCAGUGCACACAGUGUACUCCAGGCCAGUACUGUGGUGACGAGGGACUCAAUGUGACCUCUGGCCCCUGUGAACCAGGAUUCUAUUGUCCAGGCGGCCAGAAUGACUCCAGACCAGCAGACUACCCCUGUCCAGAGGGUCACUACUGUCCACUGAACUCUUCCCAGCCCACACCAUGUGCUAAUGGAACUUACAUGAAUCAUACUAUGGCACCAGAAUGUUAUAUUUGUGAUGCUGGAUGGUACUGUCUCCAUGGUGACCUAGUACAGGCAUGUCCAGCUGGCUACUUCUGUCCAGAAGGCACUGGCAUUGACUGGCAGCCAUGUCCAUUUGGUACCUACAGCAACCAGACUGGACUGUCCAGCACUGACCAGUGUACCCCUUGCACAGGGGGCUAUUACUGUGACCAACUUGCUGCGACGUCCGAGACUGCCCAGUGUGAUGCAGGGUACUAUUGUGAGUAUGGAGUGGACAGAGCAAGACCAACUGGAAUUGCCAAUGCCACACUGACCAAUGGAACGUGCCAGAUGCCAGGUGGAGAGACAGGAGUUGGCGACAUCUGUCCCCCAGGUAGCUACUGUCCCAUUGGUACCACCCACCCUCAGGCUUGUGGUGCCGGUACCUUCAGCAACGAGACGGGACAGGCUCUCUGCCACCAGUGUCCAGAGGGAUACUAUUGUCUGGAAGGUGCUGUGGUCUAUGAAAACACCGAGUGUCCACCAGGUCACUACUGUCCAGCUGGAACAUCAUCUGCCUACCAGUACCCCUGUCCAGAGGGCUCCUACUAUAACGCCACAAUGGCCCGCUCUCUGUCUGACUGUCUACCAUGUCCAGGUGGUCAGUAUUGUGAAAGACAGGGACUGGACUAUCCAACUGGACUCUGCUCACCAGGCUGGUACUGCAGUGGCAACUCCAGUGCAGCUAACACCACAGUGAGUGGUGGGCAGUGUCAGCCUGGCUACUACUGUCCACAGGGGUCAUAUGAGCCACAGCAGUGCACCCCAGGGAUGUACUGCCAGACCCCAGGACUGGAAGCACCCACUGGAAACUGUUCUGCUGGAUUCUAUUGCACCCUGACUUCCAAUACAUCCAUGCCAACAGAUGGCGUUACUGGUAACAUAUGCCCACUUGGUCAUUACUGUCCAGAGGGCAGCACUGCCCAGCAGCCAUGUCCACCAGGAACGUUCCUCAAUGUGACCCAACAGGACGAGGAGACGGACUGCAUGUCAUGUCCACUUGGUCAGUACUGUCCAGGCGGAGGUCUGGCUGUGCCAGAUGGUGACUGCACUGAGGGCUACUACUGUCCAGGGGGAAUGAACAUGUCUACUCCCCAUGAGUACAGAUGCCCUGUAGGUCACUACUGUCCCACUGGAAGCGGGGCACCCAUCAGGUGUAAUAAUGGAACCUACCAAGACCAGGAAACACAACCAACCUGUAUCACCUGUCCCGCUGGGUACUUCUGUGACAACACCAUGGCUAUUGUUGUCCUUGACAACAGCACCACCGUCUGUCCCAUUGGCUCGUACUGUCCCGCUGGGACAAGUUACAGUAAUGAAUUCUUGUGUCCUAUUGGCACCUUCAACAACAGAACAGGUUUACAACAGGAGUCUGACUGCUCCCCAUGCCUGGGUGGCUACUACUGUCCAAUGCCUGGAAUGGUCACUCCCACUGACCUCUGCUCCCCAGGAUACUACUGUAGGCAGUAUGCUAAUAUAUCAGCCCCUGACCAAGGUAUUGAUGCCAAUAUCUGUCCAGCCGGCCAGUACUGCCCAGAGGGAAGUCCAGCACCCAUUAACUGUCCACAGGGCAGUUAUAGCAACACCACUGGACUCCAUGCAGACACAGACUGCACCUUGUGUCCAGCAGGGAGUUAUUGUGCUGACACAGGCAUGACUAACACCAGUGGACCAUGUGAACCAGGCUACUACUGUGAAUUGGGGUCCUAUCAUUCCCGUAACAUCACCUGUCCAGUUGGUCACUACUGUCCAGAGGGAUCAGGCAGUCCCACUCCAUGUCCAAGGGGAACCUAUACCAACACUCUGGCCAAUGUGAAUGUGACACAGUGUGUGAACUGUGAUGAGGGCACAUACUGUAAUGAUACUGGCCUAUCAGCUCCAUCUGGAAACUGUGACCCUGGCUUCUACUGUCCUGGUGGCAAUGAUGUGCCUAAUCCUGUUGAGACACCAUGUCCUAUUGGUCUACACUGCCCUACUGGGAGUGGUCAGCCUGUCCCUUGUCCACCUGGGACCUUCACCAACUUGACCCAGAUGUCUGAGUGCUUGACAUGUCCAGGAGGGUUCUAUUGUGUGCCUGAGGAGGUCAUUCAAGGCAACUCUAGCUCAGGGUUCAGACUAUGCCCGCGUGGCUACUACUGUCCAGAUGCCACAGGAAUGAACUGGACCGGUUGUCCAGCUGGCACCUUCAGCAAUGAACUUGGCCUAGAGAAUGACACCCAGUGUCUACAGUGCUCCGCUGGUCAGUAUUGUGACAUCACCAACUUGACUGCACCUGCAGGGGACUGUGCCCCAGGGUACUACUGUACCAGUGGGGUAGACACACCCACUCCAGCUGGUGGCCACACGGGGACUGGGGGUAUUUGUCCAGCUGGUCACUACUGUCCAGGUGGAACUGACCUCCCUAUUGGCUGUUCCAAUGGAACCUAUCAGAACCUGACCAACCAGGCUUCAUGCUUGACCUGUCCAGCUGGCUACUAUUGCCUGGCCAGCUCUGUCACCUUUGUUGACCAAGUGUGCCCAUCUGGUCACUAUUGUCCUGAUGGUACCAGAUAUGACACAGAAUAUCCAUGCCCACAGGGGACUUUCAACAAUUUGACAGGAUCAGCCAAUUCCAGUGCAUGUGUCCAGUGUACCCCUGGUCACUUCUGUGCCAGCCCUGGCCUGAGUGCCACUACUGACCAGUGUGACCCUGGCUGGUACUGUACUCUCCGUUCAUAUCUGGCUCAGCCAUCCAGCCCUGAAGGUGGCGCCUGUGUACCAGGUGAAUACUGUCCCCGAGGCAGUUCUGCACCUAUCCAGUGUGAUGAUGGCCAUUUCUGUCCCAAUGCCACCAUGAGUUCCACAGCAGGCCUGUGUGCAGCAGGAUAUUACUGUAUCAAUGGCUCCAUAACAGCCACACCAACAGGAGUAGGCGGCAACCAGUGCAGUCCAGGCACAUAUUGUCCAGAUGGCAGUUGGUACGAGACCCUGUGUCCAGCAGGCACCUACCAGCCCAGCAAUGGAGCCACCAAUGAGACCUGGUGUAUUCAGUGCACCUCAGGGAGUUACUGUAAUGACUCUGGGCUGGCCACACCCCAGGGGAGCUGUGAUCCUGGUUACUACUGUCCAGGCGGCCAAUCUGUUUCCAACCCCAAUGGCCUUGAGUGUCCAGCUGGUUAUUACUGUCCCCUGGGGUCCAGUACCUUCAGGAUCUGCCCUUCAGGAACGUACCAGGACUGGACACAGCAGAGUUACUGCAAGUGGUGUCCACCUGGUUACUACUGUGAUAACAGCAUAGAGGCAGUGGUCAACUAUACUGCUUAUGUGUGUCCACAAGGUCACUAUUGUCCUAAUGCCACCCAGUCUUCCACUGAAAACCCAUGUCCCAUCGGCACUUUCAACAAUGGCACUGGUCUGGGAGCUGAUACAGAAUGCAGUCCUUGUUCAGGUGGAUACUACUGUCCAUCAGGAACUGUCCUACCUACAAUGCCUUGCAGUCCUGGUUACUACUGUCGCCAGGGGGCGCAGAUGGCUGCCCCCAAUCAAGUCACCAAUGCGGAUAUCUGUCCAGCUGGUCACUACUGUCCAGAGCAGACCACAGAGCCUAUCUCCUGUCCUGUGGGGACUUUCUCCAAUGACACUGGGAAUAUGAAUGUCACUGACUGUGCUCCUUGUACCAGAGGUUGGUAUUGUGACCAGUUGAAUAUGACCGCUCCUACUGGUCAGUGUGAUGCUGGUUGGUACUGCCCAGAGGGGUCAACCAGUGCACAGGAGGUCAUAUGUACUGCUGGGAUGUAUUGUCUGAUUGGCACCCACACCCCGACACGUUGUCCUAACGGCACCUGGGCCAACAGCACAGGUCUGGCUGCAGAGAGUGACUGUACCCCAUGUACAGCAGGGUGGUACUGCCAACAGAGUGGACUCACCUAUCCAGAGGGACUGUGCCAGCAGGGAUACUACUGUCCACAGGGUUCCAAUGUGCCCAACCCAGAGCUGUGUCCCAUUGGUCUCCACUGUCCAGAGGGGUCAGCCACACCUCAGUCCUGUGCCUCUGGCUACUACACCAACCAGACAGGGACAUGGAGCUGUAAUAUAUGUCCUGAUGGAUUCUUCUGCCUACCUGAGAAUGUGACAGCAGGUGACCCCCAGUCUGGUUACCAUGACUGUCCAGCUGGCUACUACUGUCCUAAUGGCACAGGUCUUAACUGGCUGCCAUGUCCACCUGGGACCUACAGCAUGCAGACUAAUCUGUUCAGGGUGGAGCAAUGUCAAGACUGCGAUGGAGGUUUCUACUGUGGCACCUGGGGUGCGACAAACAUAACCGCACCAUGCGCCGCAGGCUACUACUGCGAGUCAGGCGUGGACAGACCCAACCCAAACAACGCGGAGGUGAACAGCUCCUACGCUGCUGACUGCCCACUGACUGGUGGUCAUACAGGGUUUGGAGAUAUAUGUCCCCUGGGGUACAUGUGUCCUGUGGGGAGUGUGGUGCCCCAGGGAUGUGACCCAGGGAGUUAUCAAGAUGAGGAGGGGACUGAUUACUGCAAGGGAUGUGUAGAAGGUUACUACUGUCCACAAAACUCAACAACCUAUGCAGACAAACCAUGUCCAUCUGGUCACUACUGUCCAGUCAACACCACUCGGGACAAUGAGAACCCCUGUGCACAAGGCACCUUUAACAACUUGACUGCUCAGGUCUCUCUGGAUGCUUGCCUUAACUGUACACCAGGAAUGUACUGCCUGGGCACUGGGCAGAGCUGGCCAAAGGACAACUGCAGUGAUGGCUACUACUGCACUAUAGGCUCUACCAGUCCAAUGCCCAGUAAUGCAGCCGAGGGUGGUCAGUGCCAGCCAGGCUACUACUGUCCAGGUGGUACGGAGGUACCCAUACCAUGUGAUGCCGGCUUCUACUGUGAUACCCCAGGCCUGGCUUCUCCAGCAGCACCAUGUAAUCAAGGAUAUUACUGCACAUUAGGUGCCUCAGUGGGCAAUCCCACAGACAAUGUGACAGGUAACAUCUGCCCAGAGGGACAUUACUGUCCUGCAGGGAGCUCAGCACCACAGCCAUGCCUUGUGGGAUACUAUCUGAACUCUACAGGCAAUAGUAAUCCAACUGACUGUAUACUGUGCACAGAAGGCUGGUACUGUGGGGGAGAAGGUCUUGCUGAGCCCACAGGAAUGUGUCAACAGGGCUACUACUGUCCAGCUGGUCAAGUGACCCACUCUCCAUCAAACUACACAUGUCCCGCUGGUCACUUCUGUCUCACUGGUUCACCAACUCCUGACCCUUGUCCUUCUGGAACAUAUCAGGACACAGAGGCAGCAUGGGAUUGCAAGGUCUGUCCUGACGGCUUCUACUGCAAUGCCACCUAUGGUCCAGUUGUGUACUAUGCUGGCUAUGUGUGUCCUGAGGGUCACUACUGUCCAAAUGGAACACAGCAUGCUAACCAAUACCCAUGCCCUAGAGGAACCUUCAGCAAUGCAACAGGCUUGGUGUAUGAGGCAGACUGCACCCCGUGUACUGGAGGUAUGGCUUGUGAUGUGGAAGGCCUGAUAACACCACCCAGGCUGUGUUCUGCAGGGUACUUCUGUAGACAAGGGGCCAACAUGACAGCACCAACACUAGGUGCUAAUGCUGAUAUCUGUCCAGCGGGCAGUUACUGUCUAGAGGGAAGUUCUGCCCCCAUCCCCUGUCCAGAGGGUACUUAUGGCAAUGCCACAGGCCUGACCCAGGAGGUAGAGUGCCUGAACUGUACAGGAGGGAACUUCUGUAAUGAGACAGGCCUGACAGCAGUGACUGGUCCAUGUGACCCUGGCUUCUACUGUCCAGAGGGCUCAAGAAGGGCAGACAGUAUCAUCUGUACUGCUGGCUACUACUGUGGUCAAGGUACCCUUGACCCCAUGGCCUGCCCCAAUGGAACAUUCUCUAAUGCCACUGGCCUGAGUGUUGUCACCCAGUGUACGGACUGUACAGAGGGAUAUUACUGUAAUGGCGUGGCAUUGAUAGAGCCAUCAGGACCUUGCAGUGCAG